AUGCCUCAAAAAAUUCGAAAAUUAGUUGUGUCAGGACCGAAAGACUCGGGGAAAACGUCAUGGGCGUGCGUUCUGCACAGAAUCGUUCCCUCCGAACGAGUUGCCUCCAUAACGAGCGAGAAGCAAUUCUCGGCGUCGAUGAUAAAUGACUCGACGGAACUUGUUGUAAUCGACGACUGGUCUUCGUACACGAUGCAAUCCGACCUAGCUAAAACGCUUCUGCAGGGUGGAUGGUUGGUCUCGGCCGUCAAACAUGAACAGCCUAAGUGCGUCUGGAACAAUAGUCCGUUCUAUAUAACGACGAACACUGUUCCCGACUUCGGGAAAGAAAUGGAAAACGUCGAACGACGAAUUUCUGUUUACGAAACUCAAUCGUUGCCGAGGACAACCGCAGGAAUCGACAAAUGGAUCUAUGAACACGCAAUGGACUGCUUGGUUUGGACCGCAAACCAGAUAACGGCCAACAUCGAUCAUGUACCACGCCAGGAACGCUGGUACGAGAACAGCGACGGCGAAGCAGCGGUCAUAGAUGAUAACAACAUAGCACGGUAAGCACUUAACAUUAUUAGCUGCAUUGCUCCGCUCAAAAACAAACUAUGGUGCUUCCCAUAUGCGUCACGGUUAACUAGAUGAUAGAGUAAUCUGAUUAAUUAUAAAAACAUUUCCCUUCAUUAUUAGAUCCCUUUUCGACUCAACGAUUGUAAAAAACAUCGGUUAUCAAGAUCUGAGAGAAAUGGAAGUAGAACCAAACGUGUCGAGGUCGAGCCCAGCAGACUCCUGCGCAGUCCAUCGUUCUUUUGUACGAGAUGAAGAGCAUGAACAAAUUGCAGUGCUGAGAGACCUCCGCCGAAGCUUCCGGUUGCCAUCAUCUUCAUCAGAAUUGUCGGACGAGGAGAAUAAUCGCUGUCAUUUGAAAUCAUGUAAGCCUCCAACACAUGACGAGGCAGAGCCGUCCCAGAAAUAUCAAAAGACACAAGCAGAAGAAGAGGAGGAGGAAGAACAAGAUUCAUCACCUGAAGAUGUUUUCCAAAUUAUUUCGACACAGACGGGUUGGGUUAUGAAUGACGACAAGUACAUGUACAAAGUAUACGAGCACAUUAGAUGGCGGUAAGCAAGAAUCUUGCAUACGUGUUCACGUUACUUCAAAUUUUUUAUGUAAAUUUUAUUUGACUUUUAGCAAGGAUUUUAAAUAACUAAACUUUCUUUAAAAGCACGCGCUUGCUUCUCUUUUUUUAAACAAAAAAGGCCACAUGUUCUAUUGUACCCAGCCCCAUUUUCUACAGAUGUCUUCAAAUAGCCUCACUAUUUUUCUCACUGCAACAUUCACGCAUUUAGGUCAAUCUUAGUUUUUCUGCCCACGAUCUCGCUAUAGUCAGACUGCUUUGUUUGCCCUGCCAAAAUAACAGUGAACAACAUCUUAAAUGUUAAUGUUUUUAUUAGAUUUCCUGCAGAACAACUACCUCAGCAGCCCACAUUGGCGUUCUGUGCAAGACAUGACGCUGCUAAACGCAGAGAAAAAGAUUUCUUCAGCAAACCCGAUCCCUACAUCGACGCAUGGAUGCUGUUAACCGGUCGCGUGCGCAAAGUGUUCGAUGUGAUAAAAUUCGUCAAAGUUCAUCCAGAUGUUGACCAUUUUAUAUUCGCAACCCGAAGAUGUUUGAAAUGCCCAAUUAUGCGUGAUGAGUGCCCUAUCAUUCAAGCGAAACAGAGAGUCAAUGAGCAAGAGGAAAAGGAGGCAGAACGUGUGCGAGAGAACGAAAGUUUAGCUACAAAAGGAGAAGUAGAGGAGGAGGAAGAACAGAAUUCAUCACCUGAAGAUGUUUUCCAAAUAAUUUCGACACAGACGGGUUGGGUUAUGAAUGACGACAAGUACAUGUCCAAAGUAUACGAGCACAUUAGAUGGCGGUAAGCAAGCAUCUUGCAUACGUGUUCACGUUACUUCAAUUUUUUUAUGUAAAUUUCAUUGACUUUUAGCAAGGAUUUUAAAUAACUAAACGUUCUUUAAAAACACGCGUUUGCUUAUCUUUUUAUACAAAAAAAGUGUCACAUGCUCUAUUGUACCCAGCCCCAUUUUCUACAGAUGUCUUCAAAUAGCCUCACUAUUUUUCUCACUGCAACAUUCACACAAUUCGGCCAAUCGUAGUUUUUCUGGCCACGAUCCCCCUAUAGUCAGAAUACUAUGUCUGCCCUGCCAAAAUAACAUUUAACAACAUCUUUAAUUUUAACGUUCUUAUUAGAUUCCCUGCAGAACAACUACCUCAGCGGCCAACAUUGGCGUUCUGUGCAAGACGUGAUGCUGCCAAACGCAAAGAAAAAGAUUUCUUCAGCAAACCCGACCCCUACAUCGACGCGUGGAUGCUGUUAACCGGUCGCGUGCGCAAAGUGUUCGAUGUGAUAAAAUUCGUCAAAGUUCAUCCAGAUGUUGACAAUUUUAUAUUCGCAACCCGAAGAUAUUUGAAAUGCCGAGUUAUGUAUGAUGGGUGCCCUAUCAUUCAAGCGAAACAGAGAGUCAAUGAGCAAGAGGAAAAUGAGGCAGCACGUACGCGAGAGAACGAAAAGUUAGCUACAACAGAUGCUGUCAGGUCUGCUAUCGUCGUGAAGCGAAAGCGCAAGUGCAAGCACUGA